CGUUUGGAGCAAGACGUUGUCCAACCGGCCAUUGAAGAGCCAUUCGAACGUCGAAUCACCGAACCACUCGAAUACGAGUCCGAACCAGAUGACGAUCUAAUUGCUCCUCCCAAGGAACCCGAAGAAGAAAGCUGUCUUGAGCAUGAAUUCCGUUGCGGAUCCGGCGAGUGCAUCGAUCGUAGACGGCUAUGUGACACUCGUAGGGAUUGUCGUGAUGCAUCCGAUGAGGCCAACUGCGUGCAAUCUCAACCUCAACAACAACAGCCAGCUGCACCAGCAGCGGUACCUGCUGAGCAACAAAUGUCGAAUGCCAUAGAAGCUAAUAGUAUGCAACUCGAAUUUCUCGCUCACAUAUCGUUGGAGCUGGCAGCAUAA